UGAACCACUGUUGUUUAUCCUCCGGAAAACAUACGUUUUUCAUUAGGCUUUUCCAGUUUUUAAACGGAUUUCACUCGGCCCUGUAGCCGCCGGAAACAAUGAUCAAAGCGAUUCUGGUGUUCAACAAUCAUGGGAAACCGCGGCUGUCCAAGUUUUACCAAUAUUUCAACGAAGAUAUGCAGCAACAGAUUAUCAAGGAAACGUUCCAGCUGGUGUCCAAACGGGACGACAACGUGUGCAAUUUUCUCGAGGGUGGAAGCCUAAUCGGUGGUUCAGAUUACAAGCUUAUCUACCGGCACUAUGCCACACUGUACUUUGUCUUCUGUGUAGAUUCAUCCGAGAGUGAACUUGGCAUUCUGGAUUUGAUUCAGGUGUUUGUCGAAACGUUGGACAAAUGCUUCGAAAAUGUUUGCGAACUGGAUCUGAUUUUCCACGCCGAUGCCGUCCAUCACAUCCUAUCCGAGUUGGUGAUGGGAGGCAUGGUGCUGCAGACAAAUAUGGCUGACAUCUUGGCCCGGAUCGAAGAUCAGAACAAACUACAGAAACAGGAAGCUGGCCUGUCGGCGGCUCCAGCAAGGGCCGUCAGCGCCGUGAAGAGCAUGAAUCUACAGCAACAGAUUAAGGAUAUAAAAUUACCUGAUCUUCCACAAGCUAUCAAGGAUCUGAAAUUCUGACCAAACACAAACUUUGAUACGUCGUUACUCACUAAGAUUGCCUCCGACUCGUCCUACAUUCCGAUCAACAGCAGCGGCUUAGAAGGGUUCAACUUUGAUUCAUACCAAUCGGAGUGUCCUCUGGCAAAGGAAACGGCCAGUAAUGAGAAGCACCAGCAGAAAGCCAGACGAAAACCGAAGAAAGCUGGCAGCACUCGCAAGGCGGCAGGAGUGGAUGACCGCGAAGGAGAAGACGAGUGCCACCUUAAGAUGGUUUAGGGGGAAAAUUGCUGCUUUCAUUACGAUCUACUUUCAAAGUCCUAUCACACCAGCCAACCCUAAUCAAGAAAACACACAACGGAACGUGAAAUCUGCUUCAGGAACUCUAUUCUAGCCGUAGGCUGCUUCAAACUCAACAAGAAAUUAAGAAACAAAAAACAAUGGCAAACAAAAACCAGAAUACAGUGUCGGUAGUCGGAUGUUGUAUUAUUUAAUUAAUGGAGAUACACAUUUUUAUAAGGUA